AUGUUCAACUUCAACUUCUUCAAGUCCGCCCCGGUCAACGACCAGGCCCCUGCUGAGAACACAUGGAACGCCAACACCGUCACCAUGCAGCCUGUCAGCCCUGCUGCCCCUUCCAGCAACCAGGCUGUUGUUGCGGAGCAGCCCAAUAACCAAGAGCAAAUGCAGCUGCGCGGAGGUGGUGGCAACGGCGGUGGUAUCUGCUGUGGAGUUUGCGCCGGUCUUCUCUGCUUCGAGUGCUGUGAGUGCUGCUGCUAA